GAGAAGCCGGAGACGACAGCGAGGAUCUACCGCGAAGAGAGAGAGAGAGAGAGGUACGCACACCGCCAUCGUCGUUUUCCUCGCUGGAUCCGAAGCCUCGUCGAAACGAAGCGACGACUCUCCUUUGACUUUCUCUCUCCUUUGACUCUCCCUCUCUCUCUCUCUCUGUCUCUCUCUCUCUUCGCUCCUUCAAAUACGUUCGAGCUUUGGCUGCUCCGGUUGCGCGCGGCGUCUCCGGGGGAGUUUCUCGUUCUUCGAACUUCUGUGGGCGCCGGCGAUGUCGUACGCCUACCUCUUCAAGUACAUCAUCAUCGGCGACACCGGAGUGGGGAAAUCAUGCCUUCUUCUUCAGUUCACCGACAAGCGUUUCCAGCCCGUGCAUGAUUUGACAAUCGGGGUUGAAUUUGGAGCCAGGAUGAUCACAAUUGACAACAAACCGAUUAAGCUGCAGAUCUGGGAUACGGCGGGGCAAGAAUCCUUCAGAUCUAUCACCCGAUCAUACUACAGAGGGGCUGCCGGUGCAUUGCUUGUCUACGACAUCACACGGCGAGAGACUUUCAAUCACUUGGCUAGUUGGCUGGAGGACGCAAGGCAGCAUGCAAAUGCUAACAUGACGAUUAUGCUUAUCGGUAACAAGUGCGAUCUUGCUCACAGAAGAGCUGUAAGCACAGAGGAAGGUGAACAGUUCGCCAAAGAGCAUGGAUUGAUUUUCAUGGAAGCCUCUGCCAAAACUGCUCAAAAUGUGGAAGAGAAAUUUUGCAUAGGCGUUUAUCAAGACAGCCGCAACAAUCUACAAGAAAAUCCAGGAUGGUGUUUUGGAUGUCUCAAAUGAGUCUUACGGAAUAAAAGUUGGAUACGGGGGAAUCCAAGGACCUUCAGGCGGCAGAGAUGGUGCUCCACCUCAAAGCGGAGGUUGUUGCAGUUAAAUGUGUCGAUCUGACUUGCACAUUUUGGCCUCCUUUUAAUUUCAAUCUCUUAUCUCGAAGUACUUUGAGAUUAUCUCAUGACUUGUAAAGUUGUUCUAGCUGAUUUUCUAAUGUUAAGUGUAAGAUAGUUGAAUAAUGUAUGAUAAACUCUUCAUCCAUUGUCCGUUCUGUGGCAAAUGGAACUUCUGUUUCAUUUCACAA